CCUGUGAAGAAUUUCGGACAUUUAAGCUUCGCGGCGGUAAAGCCAAGUAUUUUUUGCGAUGGGUUUCGUCGUGAGCAAAAUUUGGCCACUUUGGAGUCCAGCCGGUUAUGAUGUGCCGGAUGAGGCUACCGGACUGACGCCUCGACAGAAGAAUAUUGUCCAGAACACAUGGAAAAUUGUGAGGGCGGACACGAAAAAGAAUGGAAUAGCCUUCUUUAUGCGGUUUUUCGAGGCUCAUCCUGAGUAUCAGAAACUCUUCAAAGGUUUCGCCGAUGUCCCGAAGUCAGAGCUGCCUAAGAAUGGCAAGUUGCUGGGGCAUGCCCUCUCUGUCAUGUAUGCUAUCAAUUCUAUCGUGGACAAUCUGAAUGAUCCUGAAAGUCUGGUGCAAGUGUUGGAAAAGAUUGGAAUCAGUCACGGACCAAGGAAAAUUACCGGGUCGCAUUUUCAGAAUCUCGCUAUAGUGUUGAUAAAUUUCCUCAAAGAAGCUCUGGGCCCAAGUCUCAUGGACGCGACCGCUGAAGAAGCUUGGCGGAAGUCUCUGGAAGUUGCGAACAGUCUCAUCAUCAAAGCUUUGGAGAUGAAAGACUCUUAAAAGACUGCUCGACUUCAAAAUGCCGUAGAGCAGCGGAGCAUUUUGUAAAACUUUAUUGAGAUUCAGAAAUGACAAGAAAUUAUUUGCAUGCGAUUUUUGAUUUUUACCACAAAAUCUUUCCGUUAUGUGCUUUUGUGAUGCACCGUCAUUUUUUACGAAACGUUCUGUAUAAUUUCUUUGUACAGUAGAUUCCCAACCAUGCGGUAGAAGGGCAGGUGGGAUAACAGAAAGUGGAUAGAUUGGUGUUUUAUAACUGCUUAUUUCCUCUAUUUCAUACCAUUAAAAACACUCUAAGCUUGCUCUUAUUCAUAUUUUCUAAACCUUUAUUAUAGGGCAAUAUUUUAAAAAUAUAUAUAUGCUAUAUACUGUCCUAUCUGUUUCAAAAACUUGAUUGAAAGUGCAAAUCCAAGAAUAAAAAUAUUGCACACUUAUUAAGAUGAAUUUUAUAAGUUUUGUUAAUAGCAAAACAGUUAAAAUCAACAUACUAUAUAAUAUGGAUACAUACAUUUUAAAAAUAAAUGAAAUAUUAACAUAAAACAGUCUUAAUUCCUUCAAAAAUUAAUUAAACUUAUUUCACAUUUAAUGACUAAAUGCUCAAGCUAAUAAUAAAAUGGUAAGGAAAUCCGUGUGUUGCGUGCUUCAGUUUGCGUUAUUCACACAACAAGAACUAGAAUUUUAACACCCAUCUGUUUAAAGCAGCUUCGCAUAUCAAAUUAUUUUAUUAUUACUAUUUUCAUUUUUUAGGCUAGAUAGUCGAAAAUCAAUUAUAUUUAGUGAUAUACCAUUACCAUUUGAAACUCAAUUCAAUUGAAAAUGUUUUUAAAAAUUUCUCUCCCCGAGAUUAUUAAUCAUGAGAUUUUCAUAUACUCCCAUCUCUUGCACUUUUAUAAUUUUUAUAAUCAUUUGUGUUUAAUACAUCAUUUAUGUUUAAAAUUUAUUUUAUUAACUGGAGAUUUAGUUAAAAUUUUAAAUCUUAAAUAACAAUCAAAAUAUGUUUUUUCUUCAUAAGGUACUUAUUUGUGAAUGUUACUUUCUUUUAAUAAAGACCAUGAAAGAAUGAA